CAAGGAGAUCCACUAUCGCCCUACCUCUUUGUUAUUGCUGUGAACUGCCUCUCUCUAAUGCUAACACAAAGAAGCUAUUGAGGGUUUCUUUUCCUAUCACUAUCAGUGCGCAAAAACCAAAUUGACUCAUCUUUAUUUUGCAGAUGAUUUGCUAAUCUUUCUAGAUGGCUCUCUAUCAUCGCUACAAACUGUCUUGAGGAUCCUAGAAGAGUUUGAGCUAAGAUCAGGACUAGCGGUGAGCAUGCAGAAAUCUUGCUUCUUUUCCUCACGUCUUUCAACCUCAGAAAUAGAAGCUAUUCAGGCAUCUACGGGAAUGCCAUCAGGGUCCUUACCCAUCCGCUAUCUAGAGGUUCCUCUCUGUACUAAAAAGCUUACACUACAAAAUUGUGAACCGCUCAUUUGUCAAGUGAAGAAAUGAUUUACCUCAUGGAGUGUCAAGACUCUAUCUUUUGCAGGAAGACUUCUCCUUAUCAAAACUGUGAUAGCUGGCAUCACCACCUUCUGGUCUUCUGCCUUUAUUCUUCCUAAGGCUUGCAUUUCAAGGAUCAACUCUCUCUGCGGCAGCUUCCUCUGGAAAGGAAACCUGGAAGGUCACGCGUCAGCUAGAGUGGCAUGGUCAGAGGUAACUAAAACAAAAGAAAAAGGUGGACUAGGGUUACGUGACCUGCUAAGCUGGAACAAAGCUGUUUGCCUAAAAUUCAUUUGGCUCCUUUUCUUUCGGGAAGGAUCGAUUUGGGUGGCCUGGUUCCGAUCGGAGAUCUUAAAAGAUGAUAUCAGUAACUUCUGGACAGUGGAACCAAAUUAGUCUAUGUCCUGGAUGGCGCGGAAAUUGCUGAAGCUAAGGGAAACAAUUUACUCAUGGAUUCAGCUAAGAGUAGGUAAUGGAACCAAAACUCGCUUUUGGUCUGACAAUUGGUCUCCAUUUGGGAACUUGGCUAACUAUCUCUCAGCUUCUAAGACUUCGCAUCUCGGUAUCCCUUGGAACGCUUCUCUUGCAUCUUGCUAUGUGAAUGGCUCGUGGGCUCUGCCUCCUGCAAGAUCGGAAAAUCAAAUGCCCCACUAGAGACAGGCUUCAUAGCUGGGGAAUGCAAACGCCCACUACUUGCCUCCUCUGUAACUCCGCGGAUGAAACCAGAGAUCAUUUGCUCUUCGGUUGCCCCUUCAGCUUCUGUGUCUGGACAAUAGUAGCUUCUCGAUGCCUGAUGGCUGCUGUACCUGACUGGAACUCGACGCUACUGCGCAUGCAGACUCUCCCGAAAAAAAGCAACGCUUCUCAACUCUCCCUCUGGUGCUGGCAGACGGCAAUCUACCUGAUCUGGACUGAGAGGAACGCGCGACUUCACAGGAAAACUUUCCGAUCUAAAGACUCCCUGAUUAAGCAACUAGACCACCUGAUUCGCAACAAGAUCUCCUCAAUUAGGCCCUCUAACCAACGCAUUUCCUCCUCUCUGAUGCAGCUUUGGCUAUCUACAUCGUAACUUCCGUCGACAUCAAUUCCCCCGACUCCUACUAUUCCAUUGGUUGAAUUAGCCAAUUGGGUUCUCAAUUAUGGAUUUUUUUGUGUCAUAUGUAAUGGGUUAGGCCCGGUUAACUAAAGCUUUAGCUUGUAAAACAUUUUA